AUGGCCGACAAGAAGACCGAGGAGCAGGUCAAGGCCGGCGCGCUGCAAACGCUGCGGACAUGGGGCGAAAACCCCCUCCCCCCAACCCUCCUCGCAACGCUAGUAACAGCUCAGCACAUGCGUCCCUUCCAAGCGCUCCCGAUGCUCUUCCCCCCCGCCCUCCUCUUCGCGACAUACAUGAACCUCAACUCCUACAAGAUCGAUAGCGCGGGCUUCACGGCUGCGCUGAGUGGGCUGUACUUUGUGCUUGCGCAGCGGAGGAAGCAGAAAUUCGCCAACAAGUUCGGCGCGAGGGGCCUUAUUAGGGGGGCAACGCUGGGGCUUUGUGCGGCUAAUGUCGCGGGCUGUGGUGUUGCGUAUGCGUUUGGGAGUCGGCGGAUGGAGGAGGCGGCGAGGUAG